AUGGCUGUUACUCGAGUCGGUUUAGUCGGACUCACUAGCAAAAAGCCCGACGGGUUGGGUCCCCAUGCCUGGGCCGCGUUUGCCCUUCUUCCUGUUUUCCUUCACUCUCCUGACUAUGAACUCGUUGCGCUGUGUAACUCUUCAGUCGAGUCCGCUCGUCGUGCCAUUGAAGCAUAUGGGUUAUCUUCAUCUGUGAAAGCAUACGGAAACCAUGAAGAUAUUGCAAAAGACCCGGAUGUUGAUAUGGUCGUCAUCAGCGUGGGAGUAGGCAAGCACUUCGAAAUCGCAAAGCCUGCACUCCUCAAGGGGAAGAAGGUUUUUGUCGAAUGGCCACUGGGAGCAUCGACAGAGGAAGCGGAAACACUCACGGCCCUCGCUCGUGAGAAAAAUAUCAAGACGAUUGUCGGAGUCCAGGCUCGAGCAGACCCUCUCGUCCUGAAAGUCAGGGAAAUCAUCGAAAGCGGAAAGCUUGGCAGGAUUACUAGCUCCAAUGCUCUUGGGUCUAGCAGUGGCCUGCCGUCUCAUUUCUGGUUCAAUGGGAUGGACUACUAUCUGGACAUCAAAUCCGGAGGCAAUCUAUACCACAUCUACUUUGCUCAUUUCCUUGAUUCCUUUACUUAUGUUCUAGGCGAUUUUGAAACACUUCAAUCAGAUCUUAAAACCGAAAUUACCGAAAUACCUGUCAUGAGAGAUGACGGAUCCCUCACGGAGCCCCUGCAGAAGAAUACCCCUGACCACGUCCUUGUCCAAGGGAGACUGAAGAGUGGUGCUGUGGCUUCUAUCGCCUACCGCUGGUGCUACCUUCAAGAGGCCGUGGGUAACGUGGGUAUUCGGUGGAUCAUAUCUGGGACAGAGGGUGAGCUCGAAAUAACGGCAGACCAAGGACAGUGGCAAAUGAACUCCCCGGAUAGGAAGCUCAAGUUGAAGCUCAGGGGAAAGCCGGAAGAAGAUGUCGAUUUCUCAGUUUCGGAUGCUGGAUUUGUCCAGACUAUGGGGUCUUUUGGGCAGAACAGCGGGCGGAUCUUGAAUGCGUUUGCUCGUGGGGACCAGGCUGUAUAUGCUGACUUCAGCUCAGCCGUACAGACCCAUAAGCUUCUUGAUGAGAUUCUCAAGAAGUCUGGACAUGAGUCUUAA